AAUGAGCGAGCAGGUAUGGCUUCACUAACUUGCACGAGGACACCUAAAAGGGGCACGCGGGUGUUGAUAGACCCAGUAACACCUGCUGGGAUCAAACCUGGACCCUUUCAGAGUCUUUUCCACCUCUAAAACAACCGUUUUCACCCGCACAGUAUGGAUUUCUGUACGUUUUCUCAACAACUUUUCUCUUGGAAGGAAUUUAAUUUGGGUUAAACUCUGACAUAUUCUCGCUUCUAACCAUGACUUUCGUCUUUUCACGUACACCAGCCGUGUAUUCGGUGGCUUGGUGUUAUUUUUGACAGCUUUCUGGUGAGAAUUUGGACCCUCCGUACACUUGAAAGAGUUGUAGCCUAAAUCUCGUCGGCUCUCAUGGGACUGAGGCAUUCGUCGCGUUGUUUGCUGCUACGGCGGAAGAUGGCGGAGGCGGACAGCUCGGAGCGGCAACAGCCUGUCACAUCCACCCUCUCACAGUCUGCCCAGCCCUCCCCACUGCCUAAACCAGUGCCUACUACCCACCAUGUGCCCUGCAUCCCCCAUACGCCUCAUGUAGCAGGCCUGGCCACCUGUCCUGGUCGAGGCAAGAUAGCAAAGUUCAUCAGCCCGGAGGAAAUGACAUCACGGGACUACUACUUUGACUCAUAUGCCCAUUUUGGCAUCCAUGAGGAGAUGCUAAAAGACGAGGUGCGGACGCUGACCUACAGAAACGCCAUGUACCACAACAAACAUGUUUUCAAAGACAAAAUCGUCCUGGAUGUUGGUAGCGGCACAGGGAUCCUCUCCAUGUUUGCUGCUAAUGCUGGCGCCAAACACGUGUAUGGGAUUGAAUGUUCAAGUAUAUCCGAAUAUUCAGAGAAGAUCAUCAAGUCCAAUCACCUACACAAUGUUAUUACCAUCUUCAAGGGCAAGGUGGAGGAGGUGGAGCUGCCUGUAGAGAAGGUGGACAUCAUCAUCUCUGAGUGGAUGGGCUAUUGCCUCUUCUACGAGUCCAUGCUCAACACCGUCAUCUUCGCCAGGGACAAGUGGCUGAAACCUGGGGGCCUGAUGUUCCCUGACAGAGCAGCUCUUUAUGUGGUGGCCAUCGAGGAUAGGCAGUACAAGGACUUCAAGAUUCAUUGGUGGGAGAACGUGUACGGAUUUGACAUGAGCUGCAUUCGUAAUGUGGCCAUCAAAGAGCCUCUGGUGGAUGUGGUAGAUCCAAAGCAGGUGGUGACUAACGCCUGCCUCCUAAAGGAAGUGGACAUCUACACUGUGAAGCCAGAGGACCUGUCCUUCACCUCAGCCUUCUGCUUGCAGAUUCAACGCAACGAUUAUGUCCAUGCCUUGGUCACAUACUUCAACAUCGAGUUCACAAAGUGUCACAAAAAGACUGGCUUCUCCACUGCUCCAGAUGCUCCCAGCACACACUGGAAACAGACAGUGUUUUACUUAGAGGACUACUUAACGGUCAAGAAGGGAGAGGAAAUCUUUGGUAGUAUUGCUGUCCGGCCCAAUGAAAAGAACGUGCGUGACUUGGAGUUCACCCUGGAGCUGGACUUUAAAGGACAGCUAUGUGAGGCGGCCAUUUCCCACGACUAUAAAAUGCGUUAGGAAACACCAGCCAACCAACCAGCUACCCUCAGACCUCUGGUUCCUGCCUGGAGAAGAAGGGGAAGGCACAAGCUCUCCUCAAGCACUCCAACUGGUGGGCGAGGGUCACAGAAUGCAUCUGAUUGGAUGCCAUCAUGCCAGCACCUUUGUGAUGUCAUCAAAAGAGGAACGUUUGUGUCAGCAAUAGUGCCAUCUCCUGCACCAACCUGAUCAGCUCGGGCACAUCACUGAAUGUAACAUCCUAAAUGGACUUGAUAUUUCUAUGUCUCACUGGUUUCUGAGAGUUUCAUUAUUUUGAGUAUUAAAUCAAAA